AUGCCGGCACUUCACCAGGCAAAGGCUUUCGCGGAGACAGAUGCUUCUGGACAUCCGACAAUCGCAAUGUGUUGGGAUUGUGGAGACACCGGGGCCAAGCUGCGUCCAGGGGUACCUCUGUGUAUGCUGCUCAUCUUUUACAACGAGGCAGACGGUUCCCAGGAUCCUGAGUUUCACGUCGAGAUGGAUGCAGCCCGUGACAUCAUUGCAGGUAAAGAGGUCGCAGACUUCGGGGUGAGUUCUGAAGUGUUCACACAUCAAUCCUAUGGCUUGCGCAUGGAGCAGACGUUUGCGGUCUUCACUCAUGAGGAGAUGGGUCCCAUUGCUGGGAGAAUGCCGGCAGAGCUCAAGAAGACGAAAAAGGUCGAAUGCAUCGCCCUGCCUUCGGCCAAGCCCGACCAGAAGAGCUACUUUUACAUCAUGGACAUGUACGGUCUCCCCUCCGAUAUCAUGAACUCUUGCAAGAAGGUGACGGUGUAUUAUGAUUGGGGGGCCAACGCCAAAGACAUUUUCCUAGCAAACCACAUGAAUUCACGACCUUCCCAGCUGCGUCCCAUGGCCGAGAAGCCCCUCACUUUGCAGGGGUGGAAGGACAAGAUCAGUGCAGCUGCCCGCAACACCACCGGUAACACCGGGCCGGUCGAACUGGAUGACGAUGUCCCGUCGGAUGAUGAGGACGCCCCUGCACCCAAUCCCGUUGCCGGAAAGAGACGGGCGGUGGGGUUCGCGGCUUUUGAGGUGAAGCCUGCUGCAAAGGGGAAGGCGAAGGCGAAGUCACAGCCGUCACAGCCGGUUCCCGCGCAGGUUGCAGCUGCUGCGGAGUUCCCGUCAGCCCCUUCAGCAGUGUUUUCCACAAAUGCAGGAUCGCGUCCAGCAGGCGGGCGAAGGUCUGGCGAAGGGAGAGUCGCAGAUGAUCAGAGGUCCGAGUCGACCGUUGCGGCGGGUGGUAAGCAGAACGUACUCAGCAAACUGCCGGAUGACGACAUGAGGGCUUGUGCCAAGAAGCACCUCGCCUGCUGUCCAAACUCAUCGGUCAAGUCAUUGGAGGUGCUCCAUCCGAUGACGUUCCUGAGGGAAGGCAACUCAUCCAAGGCGAUCUCCAACUCUGUCACUGGAGCAGCUUUGCUUGAGACUUGA